CUUCACGGAGGAGGAUCGCCAUCGAUUCCGAUACCCCCAAUUGGUUUUCGCCUACUUCUUGUCUUUGGUUCGAUCUAAUGUGAUCUUCUCCGACUUGAGGAAAUUAAAUCCUCUCCCAUCUCCGUCUCCGAGACCCUGUGCUGCUGGAUCAAACACGAAACCUUGAUGUUCGAUUUGGUCUGCUACGCGCCCAAAUUACUCGUUCCGACCCCCGUCCGUCGCUUCGUUUCGGAUUUCCUUUUUCUUUCCCCUUUUGUGAAUUCUUCUCGAUUUUGAGCGCUGCAAGAGUUUUAAGGCAUAUAUCUAAAUAGAAGAAGGCUAUUGGACUAAUGGGGGAGUCGGAUGGAAGGGACUCGAAGAGAACUGUCGAGCUCUUUGGUUGUGCGAUUACCACAGCUUCUAAGCCGAAAUUGGACAAUUUAGUGCUUCCCUCUUGGUCGAUUUCUCAGAAUGACUUCAUUGAAGAGGAAAAAGUUGAUUCCCUGAAUCCCAAUUCACUAUUAUUCGAUAAUUAUAUGAAGAAAGAAGAUUCUUUGGACGUGACCAACUACGAAGAGGGUCCUUUCGUUCAAACCAUUUCGACAGAAGGCAGCUCUCUAGACGGCAAUGUUUCAACAAAAGAUGGCUCUUUGAAAGGCAAAAGUUCUUGUGGUUUUUUUUUUUUUCCAAUUUCUGCAACGAGAAGAAUUUGGACAAUGGUGAUGAUAGCGCUGAUGUGGAUAAAGUUGAUACCUACAAAUCAAAUUUGAUAUUGUGUAGCUCUACUGCAAGAAGAGAUUUUCCUUCAGGGCACAGAACCAAAGAAAUUAAUAUAGAUUGUUUCAGAAUUUUGAAGAAAGAAAUUUCCUUCGGUGUCACAAGGGGUUCUACUGCUACCAAUUCUGACAAGACCUAUGAAAGGAAGGUUGAUCAUGGCAUGAGUGCGGAGGAUAAUGCUGAUUCCUUACCAUCAUGUAUUGCUUCUGUGGAGAAGAUUGAAUCCUCAGAGGCCACCACUGUUGAAGUUUGUCUGGAUGAUGCUACCAAUUACAAGCAACAAGACAUGUUUGGAAAACAAGGAUUGCACUGAACCUGCCAAUUCCACUUUCAGAAAAGUGGCCAUUCCUCGAUCGUCAAUACAUCAUGGAGUCACUAGGCACAGAUGGAGUGGGAAAUAUGAAGCUCAUUUGUGGGAUAACACUUGUAGAUUAGAAGGUCGGAGGUGUAAAGGAAAACAAGGUAGAUGUCAAAUUUUCAUUUGUCUUCUAAUAGAGGUGCUUUUUUGUUUCUGUUUACUAAUAUUUCUGAUUUCAUUAACCUCGUCUAUCUAAAUGUCAUGAAAUAUAUAGUUCAGUGAAAGGCAAAGGACAUCCAAGUCACAGAACUGCAGAAGUGCCUAGUCCUUUGUGAAAUUUCAAGCACUCAUCUUGCUUGCUGUGCUUUUAUAUGAUCUUUUCCACUCAUGUUUCUGGAUUUUAAUUUUUGAUUUAUCUUUUCACGAAAAGGCUAUGUCUGAAACACAUGUGAGGGUGGCAUGUUAUUAGUUGUGUGCUGACUAGACUUUGCGCUGUCAGAUGAUGAUCCAAGAAAUACCUGAUUUAGGGUGAUCGAGUUGGAACAAAAGGUAACCCUUUUUUUGGGAAUAUCCUAAAGACCUGAAUCUUAUCAUAUGUAAAUAUACAUGGAGUCCAAGUUUCAAUUUCUUGGGUUUUAAGACCAGUUUCCCUGAGCUUAUCACUAUUUGAACCUUCACUGUAUCAUCGUCUUAUAUAAACAUCCUCAUAUAUUCAAAUUUUGCAUUGUGUGGAUCUUAAGGCUGGUGGAAUAUGCUUUUGCAACACAUCACAUGUGUAAUCAUCUAUGGUAAACACAAUAAAGUCAUUAAUGCAGUUUAUUUUUCCCAAACUUUUCUCAAAAUCAUAAUAUGAUCAUCUUAGAUGAAUUAAUGGAUAAUUUUGAGGAUCCAAUAUCAAGCCUUGAUGGACGUGUAGUGUUGCUAGAAAAGAUAGAAAAGGAAACAUUUACAUUCUUAAAUAAUUUUGUUAUCCUAUAAUUGGUAAGAGUUAAAAUUGUUUAAGGUGUCAUGAAUACAUCCAACAAGCUGCAUAUUUGUACCAGUUAGAAGAGGAUUUGAUUAUUAUUAAUGAUGCAAGGAAAGACAAGGGCAAACUGAAGAUUAAAUUUAUCAGAAACAACAGAAAGAGAGUUGACUCAGCUUGAUUAAUGAUGCACCAUCAGCAGAGCUUGAUGGCCAAAAAUAUAAUGUAGCAAAAUUUUCUCAUCUCCUUGUUGUCACCGCUGAAAAUGGACAUCACUCAUACAUGUCACUUAACCUAAUUCAUGAAACAUGGUAAUGUAACUGUAUUGAGUUAUUCUUCAGAAGGUUUCUUUUAUAAAGAAAUGAUCAACUUCUGAAAAAGAAUCUGCUGGGAGUCUGAGCUGGUGAAUUUAGGUUGAUGAAUAUUUAAAUGACCUCGAACGCAGACAUAUGUCUUAAUCACUAAUUGCUAAAGCUCAGCAACUUAUAAUUUUUGGUCUUAUUUCUUGGUAGUUAGAUAAACCUGCCAUAACAAUAAGUGCUUUGGUUUUUUGCAUGCUCUCUCUCUCUCUCUCUCUCUCCAAAAUUGAGGAUCCUUCAUUAGAUUGUAAACUUUAUUAAGACAAAAGAAACCUAAUGACUAAUUUCUAUACAAUGGGCAAUUGUGAAUAUUACAAACUAUGAUAGCUCUCUCUUUUUCUCAAUUUAACUCAGUUUUCUUCUUGUUUCAUUUAUUCAUCUUGAGAUUAAGUAGUUCUGGUUUUUGGUGCUUUGGCUGCAAUGCUGCUUCAGUUUACUUGGGUAGGUUGUACUAAUCUAAAUAUUGUUCCAAUUUCAAUUUUGAAUAUGUGUGAUAAGCAUCUGGUCUGACUAAUAUUCAACAUUAAUCUCAUUUAGGAAGUUAUGACUCACGAAAAAGCUGCAAGAGCCGAUGAUAUAGCACCUCUUAAAUACUGGGGUAUUGGUACUAAAUUGAAUUUCCAGGUUUGCAACUAUGAGAAAGAACUGGAGGAUAUCAAGAACAUGACUCGUGAAGAAUGCGUCACUUAUGUGAGAAGGUACACUAUAAGAAGGAGGAGCAGUUGUUUUUCCAGAGGAGCUUCUGUUUAUAGAGGAGUGACAAGAAGGCAGAAAGAUGGGAGAUGGCAAGCUCAAAUAGGCCGAGUUGCUGGUAACAAAGAUUUCUAUCUAGGAACCUUCAGAACCGAGGAAGAAGCAGCAGAAGCCUAUGAUAUUGCUGCUAUCAAGCUAUGUGGCAUGAAUGCAGUGACCAAUUUUCACAUCAGCAACUACUGUGAGAAAGGCCUUGGACAACUAGAAGAUGAAGGGAGGGAUCCUGGUGGCAUCUCCCCUUCUCAACUGAAGCUGUAGCCAUAUUGUUGGAACAGAUGAAGAACUUUGGCAGAUGCAGAGGCCUUUUCCAUUAUCCAUGAAUGUUUGGCCGGUAAUUGUGUUUUUUGUUGAGCUUCCUUCAAUUGAAAUGAGAAAUUUCUUAUGUAACUAAAACAAACAACAUUCUCUGGUCACUGGAAUUAAUUUGAAUGCCACCAGAAGGAGACCGACUCACAGGAUUUCAUAUGUUGUAUUUGUUUGUAGUGUCCAACGACGUAUAAAUAUGCACAGAAGUAGC